ACCCCAGAUCAGAUGCUGUCUACCCUUUGAACAUGCCAGUAGCAAAUUGAAUUUCAAACGAUAUACACAGUUCCUAUCGAAAAGUGAGAAAAAAAAACUUAUCUAAAAGUGAGUAAAACAGUGCAAGUCGAAGAUGGUCGCGGAAUCUCAACGUCACCGACUCGACUCGUUCGAGUUCAAAGCUCGAUCGAGCUUUUCGCACCAUGAUCUGGAUUACAAGAUGAAGAUGUUGCAGCUUACCUUGGUGUACCGUCGUUCAGUGGCGGAUGAUCGACCUGCUCCAAUUGCUCAACCGAACAGGCACUCGUUUGCACAAGAAACGUUUGGCAAAGCUAAACAAAUGGCUAUUCACCAACCAUUCCAUCUGCCGAAGAUUCUAGCAGUGGAACCCAAGCAGAGGCAGAGCGCGAAAACCGAGAAAAAGAAUAAAUCAAUGGCCGACGUGACCAGUGCCACAUUGCCAACGAAUCCUCAGAGCAGUAAAGUUCAACGGUUGGUUCGGAUGUUCGAAAGCAACACCAACACGGCUCCGAAGCGUGUCCCUAGCUUUCUGUCCUCUAAACGUGUGGUUGAACCGAAAACAAAGCCUAAAAUGCCAGAGGCGGAGAAGAAACCGCAGGACGUAGUAACCGAAGUACCUGUGGACAGUAUCCCGGAGCCAGUACCAAAUGAUAACCAGAUUAGGGCUGAGCUAAGCCAGCGUCGGAAGCAGCUUGAUGCCCUGUAGUAUUAUGUGAAAAGUAAUGUGAUUUUAAGUAUUUUAUAAUGUGUAAAAGAAAAAUUUUUGACGGAUAAAUAAAUAUAAAAUAUAUUGUACAUAA